CGGAGGAGUGUCUCGCAGUUGGGAUCAGGAACAUGCUCCGUGUCCCAUGCUUUGCUCCGAAAGCCACCAAAAUGGGUUAAAGUGAGGAACACCACGUUGUUUACGUUUAACCGCUUCACAGCGAUGGGGAUUCGGGAUUUGUUUUCGCUCAGGCGCGGCACGGAAAAAGAAGAAAGAAAAUAUUAGGAGACCUGGAGGAGUGGGGGUUUUUUAUUGCCCUGACGCACUUACUCCCUCUCCCUCUCCUUUCCUCUUUCUCUCAUUCCUCCGAGAGAUGAUCGCAGAGCUCGUGUGCGGCACCGUGGCUCUCGUCCUGUACGUCAACACUCUGGGCGCCGAUUUCUGCUACGAUGACAGCCGUGCCAUCAAAACCAACCAGGACCUGCUUCCCGGAACACCCUGGAUCAACAUUUUCUAUGACGACUUCUGGGGGACACGGCUCACCCACAGCGGCAGCCACAAGUCUUACCGGCCGCUCUGCACCUUCUCUUUCCGCCUGAACUAUGCCUUUGGUGGGCUGGACCCUUGGGGCUACCAUCUAGUGAACGUGGUGCUCCACUGCACCGUCACUCUCCUCUUCACCCAUGUGUCCAGCUUGCUUUUGGGCAGGAGUUACUGGAGUCUGCUGGCCGGCCUGCUCUUCGCCUCGCAUCCAGUGCACACCGAGGCGGUGGCUGGGGUCGUGGGCCGGGCCGACGUCGGGGCGGCAUUGUUCUUCUUACUGUCGCUGCUAUGCUACACUCGGCACUGUGCCCUGACGCCGAGCUCUGCCCGCUGCUGGCCCUGGUUCCUGGGCACCUUGACGUGUGCCACGGGCAGCAUGUUGUGGAAGGAGCAGGGCAUCACGGUGCUGGCCGUGUCCGUUCUCUAUGACAUCUUUGUCUUCCAUCGACUCAAACUGCAACAGCUUGGGGCUCUUCUCCACAAGAGGACAAACAUCGGUCUGCUGCUGCGAUCCGCCUUGCUGGCAACCUGGGGGGUCGUACUGCUGGGGCUGCGUCUUUAUUGGAUGGGCAACAAGCCUCCCACCUUCUCCAAUUCAGACAACCCUGCGGCUGACUCGCCCAGCCUCCUUACCAGGACGCUGACUUUCCUGUACCUGCCAGCAGCUAGUGCGUGGCUGCUCCUGUUUCCAGACACAUUGAGCUUUGACUGGUCCAUGGAUGCUGUGCCACUGCUCAGGAGCACCUCUGAUUGGAGGAACCUCUGCACCACCGCCUUCUAUUGUGGUCUGCUGCUCCUUGCCUGGUGCGCCCUGCGUAGCCCGCCGCCGGCCAAGGAGACCAAUGGAAACGUGACCGACAGGAAACCAAGUGCCAACGGCCACAGCUGCCAGUCGGAUCAUGAGUGCCAGGAUGCAGAGCCAGAGCUGCCAGAGAGUGUAGAAAAUGGCACAGAGGCCCUGACGGGCACCGAGGCUUCGCUGCCGACAUCUGAGAAUGUAGUGGGAUUCUCCUUGAGCCUCAUGGCCAUCCCAUUCCUUCCAGCCACUAAUCUGUUCUUCUACGUUGGGUUCGUCAUUGCAGAGCGGGUGUUGUAUAUCCCCAGUAUGGGUUUCUGCUUGCUGGUAGCAGUGGGCGCACGAGCCUUGCACAUCCGCCUCCGAAGCAGGCUCUGGCGGGCCCUCGUGCUCUACUUUGGCUUCAGCUUGGUCGUCCUGUAUGGCGUCAAAACUGUCCUGAGGAAUCGAGACUGGCAGAGCGAGGAGAUGCUCUACAAGUCAGGGAUAGCUGUCAAUCCUGCUAAAGCUUGGGGCAACCUUGGGAAUGUGCUGAAGAACCAGGGAAAGCUGGUGGAGGCUGAGAAGGCCUACCAGAAUGCACUCUACUACCGCAGGAAUAUGGCAGACAUGCUGUACAACCUAGGUUUGUUGCUGCAGGAGCACGGCAGGUUUCCUGAAGCACUGCACUACUACAAGCUGGCUGUCGGGAGCCGACCCACCUUGGCUUCUGCAUACUUGAACACAGGAAUCAUCUUGAUGAACCAGGGUCACCUAGAGAAGGCCAAACAGACAUUCCUCACCUGUGCAGAAAUUCCAGACGAAAACCUGAAGGACCCUCAUGCCCACCAGAGCUCAGUGACCAGCUGUCUAUACAACUUGGGCAAGCUGCUUCAUGAGCAGGGCCUCCAGGAGGAAGCCAUCUCGGUCUUCAAAGAAGCAAUAGAAAAAAUGCCAUGGCAGUUUGCACCCCAGAGUCUGUACAACAUGAUGGGGGAGGCUUACAUGAAACUGAACAACCUGCCAGAGGCUGAGCACUGGUACCGUGAGUCCCUGAGGGUCAAACCUGACCAUGUACCUGCGCACCUGACUUAUGGCAAGCUCCUGGCCCUCAUGGGACAGAAGGCUGAAGCAGAGAGGUACUUUCUCAAAGCCAUACAGCUGGACCCAGCAAAAGGAAGUUGCUAUAUGCAUUACGGGCAGUUUCUGCUGGAGGAGUCCCGUCUACAAGAGUCCGCAGUGAUGGCGCUGAAGGCUGCUCAGUUGGAGAGCGACGAGUUUGACGUGGUCUUCAACGCGGCCCAUGUGUUAAGGCAAGCCAGUCUUAAUGAAGAAGCAGAACAUUAUUAUUCACGUGCCGCAAACCUGAAACCCAAUAAUCCUGUUGCCUUGAUGAACCUCGGUGCCAUCCUUCACCUCAAUGGGAAACUGCAGGAGGCCGAGGCCAAUUACCUCCGUGCGCUGGAGCUGAAGCCAGAUGAUGUGGUCACGCAGUCGAACCUGCGCAAGCUCUGGAACAUCAUGGAGAGGCAGGGCCUGAAAAUCACUGCUCCUUGACCUCUGACCUUUAAUACUGCCACACAGGGCAUCCAGGAACUGCUGAGCCAACUGUCCCUGUUGCUGGAUAGACGACAGAGUCGAUUAAAGCUGAAAUGGGGCAAGGGGUCCAAUUAUUUCUCACAAAUUAGUUGUUUGUGUUUGUUUGUGUUGUUGUCUUGUUUAUUGUUGAGUUCAGGGAGUGAAGCCUUUACAGCAGCUCUAAUGUUAGCCAGAGCAGAUCACUUAAGUUGAAAUGGCUGAUAGUGUAACAUUUGAAGUUCUACAGCAAAUGAAACCUUCCGGUUCUUAGUAUGGGAGUUUUAUGCAUUUAUUGUAUACACUUGUCCCCUCAUCUUCCGGUAUCCAGUUUUUCCAGGUAUAUAGUAAUGCAAUUAUUAAUUAAUGCCCCUUAUCAUUAAUUAGUCUGGAUUUUCGUAUAUCCGGACUGUGACAUUGGGUUCGACAUUUUAAAGUGAUACCAUAUGUGAAAAUUGCACCUGUGCCUGCACUGUGCUUUAACUUCCUCAUUACGCAUUGAUUUAAAUGUGGCAUAUUGCCUUUGUCUUCCUCAAACCGCUCAACACACACUAUUGGUAAGCUGACUUUGUGAAAUCAUGAUUUUUUUUUUUUUUUUAAAUUCACUUUAUAAACAUGACCCUUUAUGAAAUUUUCCUGAAUAGGUUGCCAUUGGUCUACAGUAAAUCUUCAACAAAGCAAUUCUUUGAUUUCUGCAUUCAUUUAUAAGUUAGAAUGGAAGAAAGAUUGAACACAAAAUAUAAUUGAAUAAAAUUCCUUCUUCUUACCUCUGAUGCAAAUGUGGAUUUUGAAGGUAAGACACUGUAAAAGAGUGUCAUAAGCCAGGUGGUCUUAAGCUGAAUAUUGUAACCUGAGGAUCACCCGUAUUUCCCUAAAAUGAGUGUUCCACAAUAAGUGAACAACAUGAAAGGUAAUGCUAAUAUACACUUUCAGAUUCUUUUUUUUUUGUCAUUUCAGAUUUUCUCUUUAUUUAAUUGUUUAAUUUCAGCUAGCAAACCAGUUGGAAUCACUGUAUGCUUAAAAGUACUUUAAAGGGAUAAGAAAUUGUUUAUGAUGCUGAAAUGAGGUAAUAUCCUAGUGGAGUACAUAGAGGAUGUAUGUGUUUAAUGUAUUAAAGGUGUUGGAGAACAAAAUGUGACACGAGUUAAAACUUCUGCUCUUCAUGACAACCAAGAAAACAGGACAAACAGACCAAGUCAAAAAUAGAAUCCGGUUGCACUUUUUUAAACUGGCUUCAGUUUUUGUCUAUUUGCUUGAAUUUAUAACAUUACAUGAUAUUAUAUUGGCUCCUGAAAACAUCUUCAUUUAAUAUUUUUCCUGAAGUCUUUUGGCAUUUAUGUUGAGAACAGGAAUUUUUUGAACCGCACAGUAUCCUCCACUCUAUUAAUUUCAGUCUUUGUCAGAAAAAUUAAUUUUAUAGGCAUGAUUAUGGGUCAAAAAGGCCAGAGUGACCAUGACAUGUUGGUCACAGUGGUCUUAAAUGAUGCUGCGCUGCUUACAGAGAUUUUAGGGCUUUUGACUGUGAAGGAGCCACCAAGUAAUAAAGUGCUGCUGAAAGUAUGUUAACCCCAUGGGGAUGGUCAUUAUUCUAGUAUAAAAUGUUUAAAUAAAUUACUAUGAUUUACACCCCUGAUUCUACUUACCUACUUGGUGUAACCAGCGCAACUUGGGCUUCACUUAUUUUUGCACCUCCACUACUUUCACGCUUCUACUACACACAUGAUUUUCUCUAAGGCAACAGAUGGAAUUGGUCAUCAAACACAUUAUGUCCAAUGAAAAACACUAAUUCUCAUUGAAUAACCAUUUUGUGGUAAAACUAAGGGACACAAGGCCUUCCCAUACUUUCAAGCAGCACUGUAUAUAUACAUCGACUCAUACAUAUUUACGCACACUGCACAUAGUCACAUACACCAAAAACAUGUUUUAGCAGGACAAGAUACGGAAAAUAAACUCAGUGCGUAUCUAUGAAAUGGCCUCAUUAUCUGCGUCUGUUCAGGGACCUCAGGGUUGCUUUCAGAUCUGUGCUUGUCGAACGCAAAGAGGUUUUGCUUAAUCAAAAGUUUUAUUUUUUCAAAAUGGUUGUAUACUGUAAAUUAAGGAUUUUUGUAGCCUUUUAUUUUGUAAUAAACAUAAACAGAAACGAUGUGCCAGUCUAGGCUCUUCAGAAACGUUUUCCAUAAUAAACUAAU